GAAGCAGCAGCAGCUAUGAGUAAAAAAAAUAUGACCAAAAAAGAGCUUUUAGCAAUUAUUGAUUCAUUGUUAAAUUCAAUCAAUACUUCAGAUUAUCCAAAGUAUUGUGGGUUAUUACAAAAAACUAAUAAUCAAUUGCUAGAAAUUAUACAAAAUAUUUGA